AUGUCCAAACGUACUCUACUGGUUCCGGCCAAACUCCCAUGGUUGACGCUUCUCGACAAUAUUAAGGAUCAAUAUCAAUCCGGCCCCUCUCGUACUCAACCUUCCUUGUUGCCUCUGGAUCAGGCAACCUUCAAACAAUACGUAGACUUCAAAGGGGGGGCCGAGCCACCCGCCACUGGUGAGAACCCAUCUCCUGCCAAAUCUGUCGAGUCCGAACACGGUACCAUCGUUCCGAACCCAGACCCUCCCGGUAAACAACCCGCUGGCCCUCCUUCUGAGGCUUCCGACGAACUUGUGGAGGUCCCGACGUGCUCGGUGAAAUCUUUUACGCCCCUCGCAAGGUUCCCGUCGACAAGGAACUGGUCAAGUUGCUCGCGGAUCGAAAAGACUCCGAGAUCGCUACCCUUUGGUCCAGCAUGA